AUACAGACAGAUUCAAAUGUGUGCAUGGAACAUAAUGCUAUAUUUAUUAAAUGCUUCUAUUUUCUCAUUUUGAAACCCAAACGAGUUCUUCUCCAACUUUGUAGGAGUGUACGUCGCUUCUAUAUAACGAACCACUACGGUGGUUGUACGGGUGAGUUGGGCUGGCUAGCCGUAGUUGAAGCCCAAGUAUACUGUUCAUAUGAUGAAAUGGAUCAUUAUCCUAUAAUUCGUUAUUCUGAUGCAAAAUCGAAAAUCAAGUGGUCCGAUGGUUAUGGCAUAGCAGACUCCAUGGCCAUAUUCAUCAGCCUGAGGCAGCAGGAAUAUCCCGGCCCAUGAUAUCCAUUGACACUAUUGUUGUUGUUGUUGUUGUUCACAUUCACCCAAUCUAGCUGACCACCACUAGUGAUGCACACACGCCAUGUAUUAUCUGUUAAUAAAGAAUCCAUACAAAUAUUCUAUCCAACAUCGGUCUUUGAAGUUGUGAUUCUCUUUCUCUCUUUCCAGCUGUUGUUGUUGUUCACAUUCACCCAAUCUAGGUG